GCAGACGCUGGGGAGUCAGGAGUCGCGGGAGGACGAGCAUCGGAGGAGAAGCGGAGACAUGUCCACCCUGGGCUGGUGGCGCCGCCGGGCGCCCGGUUCAGUGUGGGUGCACUAGACUACCGACUCUGGUCGGAGUGUGUGCGCAGAGUGCGGUGCUCCCGGGAGCUCUACCUUCUUGAUCUUCUAUCCUUCCUGGAGACAACUGGCAAGAGGAAGACUAACUAGGUCCUCCAACAGCUAGGUGGCUGGUCCAGGCAGACCCUCCCAGCAAGGGGAGAUCAGCUGACCAUCCCUGAAAGGCUCAAGCCCUUGGGUGUGAGCAAAACAGACAACUGUGAAAAACUCACCACUCCACUGGCGAGUUACAAGAUGUACCAUCACGAAGACGACACCAACAGUGACAUGAACAGUGACGACGACAUGAGCCGAAGUGGGAGAGAAACCCCACCCCCUCGACCAUCGCAUUCUUUCAGCAGUGAGCGAGACCUGGAACGCAGGGGCAGGAGCAGAGAUGUGGAGCCUCGAGACCGCUGGCCAUACAUCAGGAAUCCCAGAAGCAGGCUGCCUCAACGGGAUCUUUCUCUUCCUGUGAUGUCAAGACCACAUUUUGGACUGGAAAGAGAUGAUGACAGACGUUCCAUGGAUUAUGAGUCUCGAUCCCAGGAUGCCGAGUCAUACCAGAAUGUUGUGGAACUCAAAGAGGACAAGAAGCCUCAGAAUCCAAUUCAGGACAACCUGGAGAACUACAGAAAGCUGCUCUCUCUGGGAGUCCAGCUCGCCGAAGAUGACCGACACUCUCACAUGACACAAGGCCAUUCAUCAAGGCCCAAGAGAACCGCCUACCCAAGCACCAGUCGAGGUCUGAAACCCAUGCCUGAAGCCAAAAAGCCGUCCCACAGGCGUGGGAUCUGCGAGGACGAGUCUUCUCAUGGAGUGAUAAUGGAAAAAUUCAUCAAGGAUGUAUCACGCAACCCCAGAUCUGGAAGAGCAAGGGAGCUGAAUGAGCGUCCUCCUCCGAGGUUCCCCAGGCCUCAUGACAACUGGAAUGAUAGUUCCUCAAGCAGAAGAGAGUCGGUGAUCCAGGAGAGAGGUUAUGAAGGGAGCGCAUUUAGGGGAGGCUUCCGGCUCAACGCAGACUUGCCUUCCAGAAGCAGAGCUCUAGAGAGGAAGAGGCGUUACCACUUUGAUUCUGAUGAGAGGGGUUCAGGUCACGAGCAUAAAAGCUGUGUGAGGAAGAGGCCUUUUGAGUGUGGUAGUGAGAUGAGACAGGCUAUGAGCAUGGGCAACCUGAACGGCCCUUCCUCCUCUGAGUCGCAGUCAAUCGAUUUUGGGGCAAACCCCUAUGUGUGUGAUGAGUGUGGGAGGCAGUUCAGUGUCAUCUCUGAGUUUGUUGAGCACCAGAUCAUGCACACUAGGGAGAACCUCUACGAAUACGGAGAAUCCUUUAUUCACAGCGUGGCUGUCAAUGAGGUGCAAAAAGGUCAGGGUGGGGGGAAACGCUUUGAGUGUAAGGAGUGUGGAGAAACCUUCAGUAGAAGUGCCGCCCUGACAGAGCACCGCCAAAUCCAUGCUAGGGAGUAUCUUGCAGAAUGUAGAGAUGAGGAGGAUGAGGAGACCGUCAUGCCUAGCCCGACCUUUAGUGAGCUACAGAAGAUGUAUGGCAAAGAUAAGUUCUAUGAGUGCAAGGUGUGCAAGGAGACCUUUCUGCACAGUUCUGCCCUGAUUGAGCACCAGAAAACCCAUGGCAGAGGCAACUCAGAUGACAGAGAUAACGAGCGUGAGCGCGAACGCGAUCGCCUACGUGCACGUGCACGGGAGCAGCGUGAGCGCGAACGUGAACGGGAGCGUGAACGGGAGCACGGGGAACCCUUUCUGACCUGCCCCAACUUCAAUGAGUUUCGGAAGAUGUACAGGAAAGACAAGAUCUAUGAGUGUAAAGUGUGCGGGGAGAGCUUUCUUCAUCUGUCAUCCCUGAGGGAGCAUCAGAAAAUCCAUACUCGAGGAAACCCAUUUGAAAAUAAGAGCAGGAUGUGCGAGGAGACCUUUGUCCCUAGUCAGUCUUUCAAACGGCGCCAGAAAAGUUACAGAGAGAAGCUGUUCGACUUUAACAAUGCCAGAGAUGCGUUGAUGGGAAGCUCAGACCCCAGCGAGCAUCAGAAAAAUCGUUCCCGAAGGAAUUUCUUUGAGGGCAGAGGAUUCGAGAAACCCUUUGUCGAAUCUCAGAAGAGUCAUACUAUAACAAGACCACCUGGAAACAAAGAUGACGAUGACGACAAGCCGUUCACCAUCAGUGUUAACCCUAAUGACAAGCUGAAAUUCCCCACCAUGGAAAGCUGCUCCCCGGGCACAUCGUACGAGAGGCCUGUUACUCACAGCUUGGGCUCCGCAGACGCUCUGCAGAGUCAUGGUGCACUGGGGUUCAGUAAACCAAAGCCAGUGGCGGAGUCUAGCACCCAGAGCUCAAGCGGCAUUAACUACCCCAGAGCCUACUCCGCAGGGAGCGCCUAUGAAGGAAAGGAAUACAAGGACUCCAUCAUCCACAGCUUGCCUGCUCCUCGACCCCUGAAACGUCACAGGGCAAUUGAUCAGAUUCCAUGUGAUGAGGAGGGAGAAUCCUCCAUUUAUCUCCCGGAUAUUAUUAAUAAGCGAAGAAAGAUUCCUGCCAGAGAAGACGGUUUUGAAGGAAGUAGCAGCAACAGCUACCACACACCGAGUGUAUCCCGUGCCGAGCCUCCUAGUUUUUCUGGAGAGUCCCAUGAAUCAAAGCAGGAUGCCACAUUUUCAGUUCCCAGCUCAAGUGUUCGUGAACACCAGAAAGCUCGUGCCAAAAAGAAGUACAUUGAGCCCAGGAACGAGACCUCUGUUAUCCACUCCCUACCUUUUGGUGAAUUGCUUGCUGGUCACCGUAGGGCAAAGUUCUUUGAGUGUCAGGAAUGCGGGGAGGCCUUUGCUCGUAGGUCUGACCUCAUUGAGCACCAGAAGAUUCAUGAUAGAGAGAGACCUUCUGGAAGCCGACAUUAUGAGCGCUCUGUCAUCCGCAGCCUUGCCCCCAGCGACCCGCAGACCAGCUAUGCCCAAGAACGUUUCAUUCAAGAGCAAGUGCGUAAAUUCAGAGCCUUCGGACAGCGCUCUACUACUACCCGCAGCGACCUCAGUGUACAGAAAAUCUAUACUCAAGAGAAAUUUAAUGCCGAGGAGCCCCAUGAUAAAAAACCUCAUGGUCAAAAAGUUCAUGACACAGAGCCAUACGGUAAGGAGCCCAGUGGCCAGGAGCCCCAUGGCGACGAGCCCCAGGACAAAGAACCCCUUGAUCAGGACAUGCGCAGUGAAGAGCCCCAUGGCGACAAGCCCCAUGACCAGGAGCCCCAUGGCGAUAAGCCCCAUGACCAGGAGCCCCAUGGCCAGGAGCCCCAUGGCGAUAAGCCCCAUGACCAGGAGCCCCAUGGCCAGGAGCCCCACAACAAGGAACCUGUUGAUCAGGAGAUGCGCAGUGAAGAACCCCACGGUGAAGAGUCUCAUGGUGAUGAGCCCCAUGUUGAAGAGUCCCAUGACCAGGAGAAAGCUGAAGAUGCUACCGUUCAGGCCUCAGUUUCUGAAGAGCCUAAGAAAGAUGACGCUGGUGAUGCAAUCUACGAAUGCCAGGACUGUGGGCUGGGCUUUGCUGAUCUCAAUGACCUCACAAGCCACCAAGAUGUCCAUAGCAGAAAGGCUCUGGUUGACAGUAGUGAAUACACACAUUCUGAAGUUCAUGUCCACUCUGUCAGCGAGUUUGAGAAAAAAUACUCUGGAGAGAAACUGUAUGAAUGUCCAAAAUGUGGGGAGUCUUUCAUUCACAGCUCAUUACUUUUCGAGCACCAGAAAGUACAUGAACAAGACCAGCUGUAUUCCGUAAAGGCCGGUGGUGAUGAUGGUUUUAUCGCGCUGUUGCCCGUGAGACCAAGGAAGAAUUGUACUGUAGAGAGAAAUCCUGCCGUUUCUGGGUCAGCAAUUCGAUGCCGUCAGUGUGGACAAGGCUUCAUUCACAGUUCUGCCCUAAAUGAGCACAUGAGACAGCACAGAGAUAAUGAAAUCAUGGAACAGGGUGAACUGUCAGACGAGAUUUUCAUUCAAGGCCUAGCCCUCACCGAGUACCAGGGAAGUGAAACGGAAGAGAAGCUUUUCGAAUGCACAAUCUGUGGGGAAUGCUUCUUCACUGCCAAACAGCUCGGAGACCACCACACCAAAGUUCAUAAGGACGAGCCCUAUGAAUAUGGGCCCUCCUACACCCAUGCCUCCUUUCUCACCGAGCCCCUCAGGAAGCACAUCCCACUGUAUGAAUGCAAGGAUUGUGGGCAGUCCUUCCAUGACGACACCGUCAUCACUGAGCGCAUGGUGUUUCAUCCUGAACGAGAAGGGGGGUCAGAAAUAGUAGCUGCCACUGCCCAAGAGGUCGAAGCCAAUGUCCUCAUUCCACAAGAAGCGCUGCAAAUCCAGGGAUCAAAUGCAGAAGCUGCUGAACCGGAAGUGGAGGCUGCGGAGCCUGAGGUGGAGGCUGCAGAGCCUGAGGUGGAGGCUGCGGAGCCUAAUGGAGAGGCUGAAGGGCCAGAUGGAGAAGCCGCUGAGCCAGAUGGAGAAGCUGAGCAGCCCAAUGGAGAAGCUGAACAGCCAAAUGGUGAUGCUGAUGAGCCAGAUGGAGCUGGAAUCGAAGACCCAGAAGAGAGAGCGGAUGAGCCAGAGGAAGAUGUUGAAGAGCCAGAGGGAGAUGCGGAUGAGCCCAACGGUGCAGACAUUGGAGACCCAGAAGAGGAAGGAGAAGAUCAAGAGAUUGAGGUUGAAGAACCGUACUACAACUGCCAUGAAUGUGCAGAAACCUUUGCUUCCAGCGCGGCCUUUGGUGAGCAUCUGAAAAGCCACGCCAGCGUGAUCAUCUUCGAACCUGCCAAUGCUCCCGGAGAAUGCUCGGGUUACAUCGAACAGGCCAGCACCAGCGCGGGUGGUGCGGAGCAGGCCGAUGACAAGUACUUCAAAUGCGACGUGUGCGGGCAACUCUUCAACGACCGCCUCUCCCUUGCCAGACACCAGAAUUCUCACACUGGUUGAGUAUCCAGGCUGAGGAAAAAAAACAACAACAAAAAAAAAAACCCGAAGCCAAACCUUCCUCCCAGAACCAGACCCUUAAUAAAUCACAGAGAGAGCCUAAACCAACCCAUAAUGUUAAUAGGAAAUUCACCUCACUGUCUCCAUACUGGACUUCACAUCACAGACUUCACUCAGACUGAAAAAAGAGAAGAGAUUGAGCACAGAGACUCUUUCAGUCUUAGCUGUUCCCUAUGGAGUAUCAGGGGGAAGCUGGAACAUACAUCUUCCAUUUUAUCUAACGAGAUUGAGGGAGUACCUAGUGACUAUUCAAGACCACAGAGGUUGCCCCAGUCGCCUGUAAAUGAUACCCCUUUCAUACCCUAUACAUAAUGAUUCCUGCCAUGUAUAUAACUGAGCAAAUCACAGCAAAAUCAGUGAUACAUGUAUUUAGUGUGCUAUAGAAUUUACAGUUUACUACAGAGGUACCUAGCCUGGUACUCUGAUUUUUUUUUUUCCUGAGGAGGAAGAGAGCAACAAUUUAGCAUAUAUUUGUAAAUGUUGUCCAUCCUGCGGAAGCUUUACUGUGCAUCCUUUGAAGCCCAUUGGUCUCCUUCCCAGUAAUGGACUGUCCCGUCCCCUACCUCUUAGAUAGUCCUGUGAAAGUGCGGGUGUGAAAGAUCAUGUGUCUUUGAAUCCUGGCUGUGUGAAAACAGACAUUUUAGCUUCCACAGCCAUUUGGUGUGCCCCCAGCCCCCCUUGAGACUGAUUGUGUAACCCUUUACAAUAUAUGGAUUUGUCUCUGUGACCUAAAUCAACCCAUCCCUACAUUUAUAUACCGUAUAGUGGUUUUUCAUGCAAAAAAAAAAAAAAAAGAGUUACAUUUGAGGUUUUCUUUAAGGUUUGGGUUUUUGUUUUCUAACCAACUCAUCGUGUGCUUGAUAGUGAAUUCAUGAAACCUGAAGCUUUUCCCUGUAAAUCUUAAUGUCUUUGCCUUUAAAGAGUGGGUGACAACCAUCACUAGAUCACAGUAGUGCCUAAUGAAAGGUUGGGAACCACAGGAGAGGCUCUUACAUUGUAAAUAAGGAAGCAACCUUUCAUUAACUGCUGUGUGCUUCCUGCCUUAAGUGACAAGUGGCAGCGUCGCUUGAGUCACCUGUGUGGUGUUUGUUGUAUUGUGCUUGCCACAAGUCAGUGUGCUCCCUGGGUGCCCAGGAGCUAGUGUCCUUAGAGCUUUGUAUCUCCAAACUUAAUCCCCCUGUUCUUUAUGUGUCUGUCAACCCCAAGUCUAUUGCAUUUUGAAAAAAGCAAACACACACACACACACACACACACACACACACACACACACACACACAAAGCUUUCUUUAUAGUUAAUCCUAGCUUAACAUGACUCAGGUUCCCCAGCAGCCUUAAGUUUUUUUUCGUUACCAUUGUUCUUUCUCAUUGAGUCUCCUUAGUAUUUCUGAGCUUUCCAUUUAGUGUCCCAUCUGUCUUGAUGUAACCAGAUGUCACGAACUGACUUCCCAGCUUGAGAUUUUCUGCGUCCUACCAUGGACUGCUUGUGCUCCUUUACUUCCCCUCCCCUCAUGGCUAUAUAAAGACAAUUUUUUGGCCUUCAGUUGGCUGGGGAAAAAAAAAUUUAAAAAUUAAAAAAAACUAAAAAAAAUAAAGCGGAUCUGUAGCCGAAAGAUCGCAAGAUAUGUACAGAUCAUCUGAGAACGUGAACAGUUUACCUGCUGGGGAAACCGGUCUGGCUCUUAGUCGUCUAGAUCUGUAGAUCCAGGACUCACGAGGGAGUGUGUCGAAGCCUCAGUGAAUGCCAAAGUCUUCGGAGGUCGGAGACCUAAGAGCAAGAAAUAGAAAUGAGUGAACCAAAGAAGGGAGUUCCGAGAUGACAGCAGGUCUAGGAAGGAGAUGAGACAGACACCAGCAGCAGGGAUUGGAAGGUCAGGGUGGUAAAAACAAAUUGGAAAGAAGUGUCCUGGGUAAUUGGAAGAAAGGCCUUUUUGAUGGCAUCGUGUAGGUGAAGGCUAGCUGCAUAAAGAGAGCCCCAGGUUGGAACUGACAUCCAGGGAAACGGAGGGGCGGUGAUUCAUUGGCGAGGCACCCUUGAAAUAGAAAUCAGUGGUAUAGCCAUCUGGGUAAAUGUGGGGGCUUCGUAUCAGUGACAGUGUCACCCCCACUAGACCCUUUUCAGAAAGUGACUCAUCAAGAAGUCAGAGUUGAGUGUCCAUUCUAACGGUAACCAAGUGAGUAGACCAGGAACGAUUGAAAUGCCAGAAUAUGAAAGAAUAAUUUAGUCAAAGUGCCCCUGGAUUCUUAUGCAGUUGUUGAAAAGUGAUAACCACGAAGAGUUGUGAAACAGAUAUUCACAGAGUAUGAGGUGGAGAGAACAGGACACAAAAUUAUAUUUGUACUACACUUAUAACUGUUUUAAAAUGUACGCUUAUAGUCAAAAGCUAUUGUGUUGUUGUAGGCUUAUAGUUGAGCAUUAUUUUCUUAAAUUUCUAGAAUGUUCUUUAUGGUAGUGUUAUUCAAAAGUUAAGGAUCAUAUUUCCAUCGUGAACAUAAUUGGAGCUCAUUAUGAAACACUUGGGAAAUAACAGAAAAGUGGAGGAAAGAUAAUCCAUGUCCCCACCAUCCAAAGAUAGACAUACUCUUUAAUAUCUUGUUCAUUCUUGUUGCUGUGCACAGGUUUAUAUAGUACAACUGUGUCAAAACGUGUAUUCAAGGUAGUUGUUCUAGUAAUUCCUGUGUAAUUAUGGUAAAAAUACUUUGAAGUUUUCCUUACGCUCCUUGUAAUCAUUGCCUGAUAAUAAAGUUUAGUAUGUAAUGUCACCAUCAUAAGCAUACUAUGUACCUGAUGAAAAUUGGAAAAUAUGGUAAAAUUGAAAAGAAAAAUCUACCCACAUUCCCCAUACCCAACAACUGUUAAGAUCUUCAUCUGUGUCCUUCAUUUCACGUCAUUGCACAAAUUUGUGAUUAAAACAGUGUUAAAUAGAUUUGCGUAAUGUCUAAAACAAAAAGAAAUGUGGGAAACAAUUAAAAAUAGUGUUUUUUUGGGGGGGGUUCAUGGUUAAAUAUUUGUUCAAAAUUUCUUGAAUAAUCUUCAGUGUUUGGGUAACAAACUUUAUGUAUGUACUCUGCAUCACAAAUAAAAGGCAUACUCAAAGAAAACUGGGAAAGUGAAGUGAAGUAGAGAAAACCUGUAUUUCCAACAAACUUCUGGUAACACCUGGAUCUGUGCACCAUGGGUGCGAUUGUGAGGUUGUCCAUGAUAAGUACGUAGUGUCAACAGCAGGAAGAAAUGUGGAAAAGUGUGGAAUAGUGGGGCAGCUGCGGCGGGAUUACAGUGAAGUGUGUUUUCUCAGUUUCUUUGAGGGGUCUUUAUCAUAGUGUUCUAGUAGGCUGCCCUUAUUGCUUAUAUAUGCAGUAUGUGACCAUCCUAGUAGCCUUGAAGAUGUGGAGAUGUAGAAGAGAAACUCACCCAUAUUUUCAUUACCCAAAGACUGUGUUAACAUCUCGAUUUCUUUUCUUUGUCUUGUUUCUGUGCACAGGCUUUUGGUUUGUUAAUAUGGUUAUAGUUGUUCUAUCUUGUAAUAGUGUCAACAAUAAAAAUAAAGUUAA